GGUCGUGCCCCUGCCUGAAGCUCAAGCCGAAGAGAGAGAAAGUUGAGGGAGGAGUGUGUGAGAGAGACAAAAGUGAGAGAAAGAGGAGAGUGUGUGAGACAGUGAAGGAGAGAGAGAAGAGGUAGAAAGAAGCAGUGAGGGAAAGGAUGAGGAGAGACUGGAGUGCGUGCGUGUGACAGACAGUGUGAGAGAUAAGGAGUGUGAGAGAGACAGGGAGCAGUACAGGGAGCCGCUGGAGAUGUGGUUUGUGCUGGCUGUCAUCCUGGUGGCUGUAGCACUGUCACUGGGCAAAGUUCUGCUGGGCAGGAGACGCAGACCUGGAGAACCACCUCUAGAACAAGGCUGGAUCCCAUAUUUUGGCAAGGCGUUUGAGUUCCAUCGAGACUCUUUACAAUUUCUUCUCUCUCAUCAGCAAAAAUGGGGUGACAUCUUCACAGUUUACAUUGCGGGCAAGUACAUGACUUUUAUUUUAAAUCCGUUCCUUUAUCAAUUUGUGGUUCAGUGCAGCAAGCAAUUAGACUUUCAAGGAUUUUCAUUGGUGACAUCAGCUAAGGUUUUUGGCCACCCUUAUCUUAAUGAUCCCAAAAUACCAGUAUCCAAUGAAGAAAUUCACAAGUACUACUCCUACCUAAUGGGUGAGGAGCUAAAUAUUUUGAAUGGAAGUUCUAUGAAGAAUCUUCAGAGAGUUAUGAAACAAGAGCAACUGGGGCCAGAGUGGAGAACAGAGAAUAUGUAUGAUUUUUGUUGCCGCAUCAUAACUGAAGCCACUUAUUUAACUCUGUAUGGAAGGGCUCCCAAGGAUGAGCAAGAAGAAAUCACUGAAUUAAGAAAGAAAUUUAUUAAAUUUGACAAAAUGUUUCCCUAUCUGGUUGCAAGGAUCCCCAUCGAGCUUCUAGGCAACACCAAAGUGAUUCGCAAAGAACUGACCAGUUAUUUCACAGGUAGAAGAUUGAAUCAACGGCUAAACAUAGCAAAUGUGAUCAAAAAGAGGAAGAACUUCCUUGAGACAUAUUCAUAUCUCCAAGAUCAUCAAAGGGCAGCACAUCAUUUUGCCUUCCUGUGGGCUGCUGUCGGAAAUACAGUUCCAGCUGUAUUCUGGGCCUUGUAUUAUCUGGUGAAAAAUCCAGAAGCCCACGCAGCUGCAUGUGAUGAAAUUCAGCAUGUGUUCCAGGCAGCAGGUCAAAGAACAGGUCCUGACUUCAAAUUCAGCCUUAACAAAGAAGAUUUAGACAGCAUGGUGAUCCUAGGAAGUGCAAUAAAAGAGAGCUUUCGAUUAUGCAGUGCCUCUAUGAAUAUCCGAACUGCUAAGGAGGAUUUUACCUUAAAAUUUAAAGAAGAACAGAGCAUCAAAUUGAGAAAAGGGGAUUGCGUUGCCCUUUAUCCUCAAAUUCUACACAUGGAUCCAGAGGUUUAUGAAAAUCCUGAGGUGUACAAGUAUAAUCGCUUUGUGGAAAAUGGAAUGGAGAAGACUACCUUUUACAAGGGAGGAAGGAAACUUCGCUAUUAUUUGAUGCCUUUUGGUUCUGGAUCUAGCAUGUGUCCUGGGAGACAUUUUGCAGUCAGUGAGAUCAAAAUAUUUCUCUCAAUAAUGUUAACUACACUUGACUUGGAAAUCAUUGAAGGGGAAAAGCCAGUCGGACUUAAUAAUGACCGUGCAGGCCUUGGCAUCUUACUGCCUGAUUCUGAUGUCCAGUUCCGUUAUAAAUUGCAUCAGUAAAGAAACGUGCUAAAUUUCCAUUUUCAGACUGAGAAAAUGAUAUAUUGGUGAGUCAGCACACCUGGUUUGAUAGAUAUUUGACUGAAGGAAUGGGAGUAAUGCUUGCUGACUUUGGUUGAAUCAAAUCUAGUAAAUUCUCUUCCUAUAUAUAGAAGGAAAAAAAGCAACUUUUGGAAAAUAUUGUUGCAAUUCUCCUUGUGUUCACGGCAUUGAAAAAUUCCUGUUUAUUUCCUAUUCAUAUCGAACUUUCCGAUCUUUUAACUUGAUGUUGAAACACGCAUAUAUGAGUUGGAAUAGAUUUGGGUAUCUGCAUCUUUCAAUGUGAUUUUUCACAUAAUGCAAAUACUUUUAAGGAACUGAGCUGGGUGAAGCUGGCAGUAGAGGGCUCAUGUGAUUUUCUGUCCUUUCAAAGUUUUGCAAAGACUCCAGCCUCCAUAAAUAAGCAGGGAAAUCAUAAGGUGUAAUUAAUCCAGGCCAGCUUGUUCAGAUAUAGUGAAUUUAGUGAACUUUGCCUGCUAAUUCAUUUCAUGAUUGAAAUAUGCAGCCGUGCUGUUGAGUAGCUGGAAACCUGAACAGAAAUUUGAGAGAGGCUAGCGUGGGUUGAAGGGAGCUGCUGGUACUUAUAGCUAGCCUGCACUUUUAACUGAGAUGUGCACUUUGACGGCAGAAGGUGCUGGAAGUAAUUUGAAAAUGCAGCUUUGACCUGGGAAAGAAACAGUAUACAGAGAGUAAGCUCUAGGCUUCUUUUCAGCAGCAAUGGAGGUCCUGAUGUGAAAAAUGUACAGGAUACCUUCUAGACAUCACUUCAAAACAGCGUGAGUGGAUUAAUCGUGUAUAAGUGGCCAAGGUCAUCGAAAAUAACCUUUCAAGGCCAUUUUCCACCAACUUUGCCACUAGCUUCCCACACGCUGCUUAAUAUACUGUAUUGCUGUCAUUCACCAUCCACAAGUCCUACUGAUUGAAAACUCAAGCCGCUCAUUCAUGGUUUUACAUCACUCUUUCCCACUCAUAUUAACAACUGUCAGAUUUCACAUCCUGGCUAGAAAUGUUGCCUGUUCCAGCUAGCAUAGAUCCUAGAUCUAAAAUGGUCUCGAACGCAGUCAACUUCACUCAAAAGGCCAUCAUCACAGAGCUGAGAGGCUGCAGGUUUUACCCGCAAUGUGGGACAGAUUUGAGUGAGCAGCCCCUAGCUGCAAGGGGGAGAUCAGACGUUCUGGCCUGGAUUUUUGUGUAGUAAUGGAGGAUCAGAAAAUCUUCCAGAAUAGCAGAAAGUGUACUGAGUUUGUAUAGUUCACAUUCUGGCUGCAGCAUAGGCAUAUAAUCCACAAGUUGGUGAUCACAGUUUUAUACAGUAGUUGUAAAGGAAAUUGAGCCUGAAUAGAUCUAACAAUUGUCAGUUAUAAAUCACAUGCUCCUUAAAAAUGAAUAAAAUAUUUUGAGCUACUGCUGUCUUGAAGCAUUUAAAAAUAAACUGAUCUAGAAGUUACAAUAUCUGUUUUUUUCAUAUUUACCAAAGAGCUCUUUACAAAUCUGACUUCAACAAAUUACAAUUAUAUCAGCAGUGCAUUCAAAAUUGACAGUUUUAUUGAUAUGGUGUUAUGCAGAAAGUUUGCUUCGUAAGAGGUUACGCACUGGAAUGGAAGUUGUUUUAUUAUUGCAAGGACUGCAUUACAAGCUAGGGCCUUUGUUUUAUUUUAUCUUAGCAUGGGUGCUGAAACUAAUAACAGUAGAUAAGAUGAGACGAAAUAGGAACAGGAGUAGGCCAUUCCAUAGGAUCGUGGCUGAUCCUACGUUCCUGAACACACUUUCCCCAUAAACCUCAAUUUCCCGACAGAUCAAGAAUCUGUCUCAGCCUUAAAUAUACAGAAGGACUCUGCCCCUACAGCUCUCUGUGAAAAAGAGUUCCAAACAUUCUCAACCCUCUGAGAGAAGAAAUUCCUCCUCAUGUCAGUCUUAAAUUAGAGCUCCUUUUAUUCUGACACAAUGCCCUCUAGUCCUAGUCUCUCCCAUUCUCCCAUGAAGAGAGAACCAAGCUUGAUCUGUUAACCAGCUUACCUCACUACACUGCCCUGCCCAUAAGUGCAUCCAUUCUGCUUCCUGAAGUCUGGGCCCAAAUCCAGACAGCAGCACCUCUCCUCUGUGAAUGUUAACUCUGAUACGGCUGUCUCAGGAGCAAAAAUCUAGCCCACUGUAUUUCACUGAAGCAUGGGGAGGAGAAUUACUCUGUGUACAGCCCCUUACUGCAGGUUCUUCUCCUCCACCACUUCCUUCCUCUUCCUGAAUGUCCUUUGUGUCACCUCAGCUAAAUCUCCCAGUCAUGUUGCAGGUCAAGAGGAAUAGAAACUGCAAUAAUAAAGAUUAGCACCAGGAAGUGAGAACCAAACCCCUUACCAUGUGCCAUUCCACUCUGAAAUCGUCAACUUUAAGUAAUAAUAGGACCAUAAAAGCUUUGCUAACCCUAUUCUAGCCAAUAGAAUAACAUCAUCUACUAUCCUGAAUCGAGUCAAUGAUUCCUUUAAAUAUCCCUGGUGGAAGAGUGGAGGGGAUUACUUCUUGCUACUGACUGGACGCGCAGCUUCGUGAGAUUAACAUAGGGUGUAAGCUGAAGUUUUACAUUACAAAAUGGUACUACUAGAAUCAAAUCGGUGUUUCAUACUGAUGUAUGUGUAAUCUAAUUUCUGUCUUUGUCGAUAUAUUUCCAUAUGCUAACAUACUCCCAAAAUGGCAUUCAUAUGACCCACGUCACGGUCCCAUUUCAGACUAAACCUUAGUUUAGUAUUUAACAGAAAGUAUGACACAAAUACAUUUUGUGGUCACAGAAUACAAAAGUAACAACAUUAUACUAAGCUAUUAUAUAACUCUCAUUAGAUCUCAGCAAGUCAAAUACAUACAGUUCUGAUCGCCACUCUUCAGGAAGGAUGUCUAGACAUUAAAGAGCAUUCGGAUUGAGGGUUGGGUUUAAUCAGUACAGGUAAUCUUUUUUUGUUUGUUCAUGGGAGGCAGGUGUCACUGAUUAGGCCAGCAUUUGUUGCCCAUCUAUAAUUGUCCAGAGGGCAGUUAAGAGACAGCUAUAUUGCUCUGGGUCCGAAAGGACAAUUGUAUGGCAUGGUGGCUCAGUGGUUAGCAUUGCUGCCUCACAGCACCAGGGACCUGCAUUUGAUUCCAGCCUUAGUGACUGUAUGUGUGAAGUUUACAUGUUCUCCCAUGGCUGUGUGAGUUUCCUCUAGUAUUCUCCCACAGUCCAAAGAUGUGCAGGUUAGGUGGACUGGCCAAGCUAAAUGGCCCAAAGUGACCAGGGAUGUGCCGGCUGGAUGGGUUAGCCAUGGGAAAUGCAGUGAAAUGGUGGUGGUAGGGGGUGUGCAUCUGGUUGGAACUGUGGAAGGUCAGUGUGGACUUGAUGGACAGACUGGCCUUCUUCCAAACUGUAGGGAUUCUGUGAUUUUAUGACAUUGGUGAACCAGAUGGGCUUUUGUGAUAAUUGACAUUAGUUACAUAGGUGAAAUUUAGCAAGCUUUUAAUUCCAAGUUUUAUUCAGUUAAAAUUUCACCAUCUUCCAUAAUGGGAUUCAAACCCCAUGUACGUAGAACAUUCACUUGGGGUUCUGCAUUAUUAGUCCAAUGGCAUCACUAUUGCAUCACCAUCCUACCUUCAGUCCCACAUCUAAUGUUGAUCAAAAUACCACCUCCUGUGUUUAUUUAUUGAUUCCAUGAUUAAAAUAUGCUUGAAUAUUAAUUUUGAUCUGAAUCUGGUAAAUAUUCUGUCACAAUAAAAUUCUGAAAUUCAUUGUUUUGUCCUUUGUAAUUACAAUUCCUGUCAAAAGAUGCAGAUAAUAAGCUGUUGGAAAAGUCUUUGCUGCCACAAUCCAUUAAUGUUCCCUUUUAGCUUUCAAAUGUUAUGUAUUUUACUAUAUUAUAAUAUUAUAAGAAAAUAAAAGUUGUAUCUUACUUUGUUUCUGAGACAGUACCAGACAAUGAUUCUACUCAUGCCUGUUUGAGAUUGUGCGCAAAAACAAAGUUGCUGGAAAAGCUCAGCAGUUCUGAGGAAGGGUCACUGGACCCGAAAUGUUAACUCUGUUUUUUCCUUCACAAAUGCUGCCAGACAGGCUUAGAUUUUCCAGCAACCUUGCUUUUUGUUCCUGAUUUACAGCAUCCACAGUUCUUUCAGUUUUUAUUCUGUUUGAGAUUAUGUUCAUUGUAAAAAAAAUCUAUUUUAUAUGGAAGAUUUGCUUUAAUUCCAUUACAUUUUAGUUUACUGAUAAAUUUUAAUAUAAAACGAAACCUGCAAAUACAGCAGAAGGAGCUGUAAUUAUCAUCUAAAAUAGUUCUUGAUAGUUAUAAUCCCUUCAUGAAUAUAACUGUGUUUAGUUUCCUGUGUAUAAGUAAACACACAAGUGGGUGGGCAAUGUCAUGAUAUAAUCAUGUAUUGGAUCCUGUUCUAGUUUUAUUAUGUUAAGCUAAUAAUGCAAAAUGAAGAGUAAAAAUCAAAUUAAGGUUGUGUAAUAAGCUUCUAGCUGGGUUUAAUUGUGUGACCAAUAUAAAAUGAAGUUGGGCUAUGAAAGCAAGUAUCUGGAGGUCUACCUUCUGUGGCAAGGCAUCACUUGUGAUCGUUGCGGUUUGCUGGAAGUUUGUGUAACAUUUAAUCUUUAAUA